ACUGCGUCUGGAAACUAGCAGCAGCCUCACCGGAUCUGGAGUAGGGGACUGCAACCUCCUUUCCUUCUACGGAAAAGCUGGGGACCUUCUCAUUUUGCUUCAUGAAAACUAAGCUGUGAGUCAACUUUCGCCAAAUGUCUAUUACUUGAGUGACACGGGCCGCUUGCUCAAGAUCUGACCCGGCUCCAGCUUUCUGUUGCGGCAGAGCCGGUUCGUCCGAGCGACCCUGGAGCGCGCCCAGGGGCCUGACGCCGCGCAGGGUCGGCGCUCACCCGUGCCUUCUCUCGGGAGCCAUGGCGCUCGCCCUCUUUGUUCUCCAGCUGGCCGUCCGCAUCCUGGCGUUCCCCGUGUACCUGCUGAACUUUCUGGGCUUGUGGAAUUGGAUAUGCAAAAGAGGUUUCCCCUACUUGAUGUUGAGGUUCACCGCGACCUACAACAAGCAGAUGGCCAGCAAGAAGCGGGAGCUCUUCAGCAACCUGCAGGAGUUUGCGGGCCCCUCCGGGAACCUCACCCUGCUGGAGGUGGGCUGUGGCACGGGGGCCAACUUCAAGUUCUAUCCGCCGGGAUGCAGGGUGACCUGUGUUGACCCCAACCCCAACUUUGAGAAGCUCUUGAUCAAGAGCAUUGCCGAGAACCGGCACCUGCAGUUCGAGCGCUUCGUGGUGGCUGUCGGGGAGAACAUGCACCAGGUGGCCGAUGGCUCCGUGGAUGUGGUGGUCUGCACCCUGGUCCUGUGCUCCGUGGAGAGCCAGGAGCAGAUCCUCCAGGAGGUGUGCAGAGUGCUGAGGCAGGGAGGGGCUUUUUACUUCAUGGAGCAUGUAGCAGCUGAGCGUUCAACCUGGAAUUACUUCUGGCAACAGGUCCUGGAUCCUGUCUGGUACCUUCUGUUUGAUGGGUGCAACCUGACCAGGGAGAGCUGGAAGUCCCUGGAGCGGGCCAGCUUCUCCAAGCUGCAGCUGCAGCGCUUACAGGCGCCGCUGUCCUGGAAGCUGUUGCGCCCUCACAUCUAUGGAUACGCCGUGAAAUAGCACGGGUGGGGAGCAGACAGCUGCCGUGAAUGCCUCAGAUGAUCUAAGGCUUCAGGUUUACACUUAAAAUACUAAUUGGGAGAAGAGAAACCCUUUUUUUGGUAAAGUUGAAUUUCAUCCCCAAAAGUUUACGUUAUACCCUAUUCAGCCACUUUCCGUCGUCUCCCAGAGGAUCAGUCCACGAUAGGUUGCACUGCUGUUUUCUAGUUUUAUUUAGGCUGCACGUGGGGUUGAGUUUACUUGUAUGUUGUUUUCUUCUAUAACACUUGCCAUCACUUGUAAAUAUAUAUUCCUGUGAGCCCCUUGAAAGAAAGUAAUGUUUGCUCUCCCAUCAUGUAUACCCACUGCCUGGCAUAUAAUUACUCUUUAACAGAUACUUGUUGAAUAAAUUAACUAAACAAAACAAACCAAAACCAAAACAGCUUUGAACUCUCCUGUAAAAGGAAACAAUGAGCUUUCAUAACUGAAGACUAUUCUUCCCCCCAAACUUCAGCUGCUUCAGUGACUUCAAAAUGUUUUCAGCUGUCUUAUUUAAGUUGUUACCCAACAGAUUUGAAUUUCACCCCUUCUUUGAGAGCUUGGUGAAAUAAGCAGUUAAAUUACUCAAAAGAAAACUUUGCAAAAGGGGAAAUGAAAAGAUCUUAAUGAUUCACAAAUUGAAUGAAGAAAGACUAGUUGAAAAUCGUGUUUGGCGCUUGAGUAUAUUCAUGGAACUCUGGGGCAGCUAAGGGUCUUGGGUUCGUUCUUCUGUUACCUGGCAUACUCUCUGCUGAAUGCAGGCGAUUGCAGGCCAGGAAAAGGCCCACUGCAAGGAGGAAAACCUUGUGUAAUUAGGUACACCUUGCCAGAGCCCCGAAAAACCAGGCAGUCUGUGAGUCUGUAAAGAAGUGGAUGAGUAUUGGUUGUAUUAUUCUGAUCAAAUUUCUACCCCUGUCCCAAGAUGAUUUCUUUGUUCCUUGCAACCAUGGAAACCUCUGAAAAUCAUCACGGCAUGCUUUGAAAACAAGUGUUGGUUGAUCAGUCAGGGGUUUUAAGAGUAGAAUUUUCAGCAACAGUUUGCAUGUAUUUUAAUAAAUUUAGCAUAUUUUCUGAGAUGAUUUUGCAAAAGGACUAUUUUAAAUAUCGAAUCAAUAAAUAAAUUCAUAUGCAUCUUAGGAAUGGAAAUAAAAUAAAUAGUUUAUAUACUU